UCGGGCAGUUUAAUGGACACUGAGUUAAAGGCUUACAGUAAAGAGUUCAAAAAGAAAAAGUUUUAUUUUCACCAUUCGCAGCUGACCAAUUAGAAACUAGACUCAGUCCACCAAGCCCCGCCCAUUAUGGGAGUUAUUAUGGUUUGCGUUUCUGUCAGAAUGGAUUCUGCUUUUGCAGAAAACAUCAGUCCGAAUCUUUUUAAUGAAUAAUUCGUUAUGGUUUGUUAGGGAGAUUUUUUAUUUCCGUAAUGACGUCGUGGAUUGAAUCAUUACAGUUCGAAUCGGAAGAUUGUCGGUGACAGGCAUCGGCCAGAAGCGAAUACAGCCCAAUAUUUAUUUGAAUGCUGAGAGCAGCAACUCAGGACCGCUCCACCGAUGGGUUGGGUAAAGAUGGAUGUCAAGCGGACUGUUUUGUUCUGUUUCCUGUGUUUUGCAAUCUCGGUUAACGGGAGCAGGAGGAGACACACGCGCUGUCCCGCAUCAUGUACCUGCAGUAAAGAUAACGCCUUAUGUGCCAAUACUGAAUCAAUACCGAAGAGCUUUCCACAAGAUGUCAUCUCACUAUCAUUUGUGAAGUCUGGUUUCAAUGAAGUCCCUAAAGAGAGUUUUGUCAACACACCAGCUCUCCAUCUUCUUCUUUUCACAGCAAACACAUUUGACUCUGUAAAUGAAGAUGCGUUUCAUGGACUUCCUCAUUUGGAAUAUCUAUUCAUUGAAAACAACCAAAUUAAGUCCAUAUCCCCUUUUGCCUUCAGAGGGCUCAAAUCUUUAGUUCACUUAAGCCUGGCUUACAAUAAUUUGGAGACGCUACCAAAAGAUCUUUUCAAAGGAUUGGAAGCUUUGACUAAAGUGGAUCUCAGAGGAAAUCUCUUCAGCUGUGACUGUAAAUUAAAGUGGUUUGUUGAUUGGAUGUAUCUUACGAAUGCAACUGUGGAUCAGAUCUACUGUAAUGGCCCUGAAGCUUACAAGGGCAAGAAAAUCAAUGACCUUGUGUCCAAGUCAUUUGAUUGCAUAACAACAGAUUUUUCAUUGCUGAAGUCUCUUGAAUUUCAGUCAGUUUCAAUCGAAGCGUUUGCGUUUGGAGGUGACCAAUAUGUGGUAUUCGCCCAGCCAUUCAUUGGCCAGUGCAGUUUUAUGGAAUGGGAUCAUGUGCAAAUGGAGUUCCGAAACUUCGAUAACAUCACAAGCACCUCCUCCGUUAUCUGCAAACCUCUAAUCAUUGAUAGUCAACUCUUCAUUAUCGUAGCUCAACUGUUUGGUGGUUCGCACAUUUUCAAGAGAGAUGUCUCAGCAAACAAAUUCAUCAAAAUCCAAGACAUAGACAUUUUGAAAAUCAGAAAGCCGAAUGAUGUGGAAAUCUUCCAGAUUGACGGAGAGUCUUUCUUUAUCAUCGCCGAUAGCUCUAAAGCCGGCUCGACAACGGUUUACAAAUGGAAUGGAAAUGGCUUUUACUCUCAUCAGUCCUUGCAUGCUUGGCACCGUGACACUGAUGUGGAGUAUUUAGAGAUCUCUGGGAAGCCUCAUCUGAUUUUGUCCAGCAGCUCUCAAAGGCCGGUCAUCUACCAGUGGAACAAAAGCGUCAAGCAGUUCGAACGGCGUACUGACAUUCCAGAGAUGGAGGACGUGUACGCGGUGAAACAUUUCACCGUGAAGAGUGAGCUGUACAUAUGUCUAACACGCUUCAUUGGCGACUCGAAGGUGAUGAGAUGGGAUGGCGGCAUGUUCAGCGAGAUCCAGACUAUGGCCUCUCGUGGAUCCAUGGUCUUUCAGCCAUUCUCCAUAGCAAAGUGGCAGUACGCCAUCCUGGGCAGCGAUUACGCUUUCAAUCGGGUCUAUCGCUGGGAUGUUAAGAAAAGCCAAUUCAUUAGCUUCCAAGAACUCAAUAUUCAAGCACCCAGGGCUUUUUCUCUGGUGUUUAUUGACAGCAGGGAACUCCUUAUUGGCUCUAGUUUUAAGGGGCAAACACGUAUAUAUGAACAUCUUGUCCUUGACUUAAGUAGCUGAUUGGGGACUGAUGAGGAUACCGAUAACUCAGCGUUUGGGUGAAUCUCAUGAAACCUGCGAUGAAUAUGUUCAUAAUUAUAGUUAACGCUUAAACUAAUGACAUUCUAUUUUACUUACAGAAAACAAGGCCUGUGUUUGGCAUUACCUUAAUGACAAUCGAGCAUUCAAACAUCCAGUUCUUUAUACUGCAUGCACACAUCUUGUAUUUACAUUAUGGUAGUAUUUGCUGCACUACUUAGGCUGAUUUAAAUGAAAUGUAUAACAAUACAAGAAAAGGCUACUGUCUGCAUUGCAUUCAUUUUCAUACAAAUACAAAUCUUGUAUUACAUCAUAGCAUGAAGACUCUUAAUGAAGAUGACUACCGUUUAUUAGGUAUCACUAUUGAAGUUCUGUCAUUUUUUAUGAAAUUUCUUACUUUUUUAUUUUUGUUGUAUUUUUACCUUGUAACGACUACUGCAAUUUCUUUUAUAAAAUACUUCUGCAAAUCUGUUUAUUAUUGUGUUUUUGACCAGUGAAUCUGUUUUUCUGCUCUGGUAGAUAUUUGAUAUGCAAAUGUUAAGUACACUGACACUUUUUGACUUGUGUAGUGUUACUUUUUAGCAUUGCAUGUUUGUUUUUAACUCUGUACAACACAACCAUUUUUUCAACAACAAAAAUUUGUUUGAAGACAAAGAGAUUGAAUGUUGUUAUGUUGGAUAACGUUGUGCUUGCAGGUUCAUGCCUACAUUUUUGGCAACACUUUAUUAGUGAAAACAGAACUAAAUUUAAAUAAAGACUUAAUCAUG